GGUCAACUCAAUUCGUGUUGCGCGCAGGACCAUCCAUUCUUGCAGGCCGACCGCAAGCGGUCCGUGGACAUGCCGAAUGGGUCGACGAAGCGAUGGAACACCGCCAGAGGAAGCUAGCGGAAGAGCGGCAGCAGAAGCUGCUGCAGGAAACGUCGUCAGCGCCUCCGUCGGUCUGACCCUGGCCGCGGAUGCUGACGCCCUAUUCGCAGCCUCGACGGAGGCGCAGACUAGAGUGCUACGCGCACGGUGGUGCUGGCACUCGCUUCGCGCUGAAAGGACAUCAUGGAAUGCGUGCCUUGGUCGCUCGUGACACCUCAGUCUUACCCUGGUCGUCAGUCCGUUCAUGUCGCGCCACUGUCCUAUCGUUGGAUCGUGGGCGCUACCGGCCACGAAACCAAACAGUAUCCCACUCUCGCGUCGCCUUCUACACACAUACCGCCAGGCUUACCGCGAGCCCGGAGACCCGAAAUGUUUGGCAACGGAUGCAUAUUUGGCCACCACACAGGCACUCAACGCAGGACAGAACGCAGACGACACUGAGGAAGGCAAGAGCGAUGACAGGGCCCGUCUGGGAUCGUAGGAACCUGCAGGAUUCCACACGCGCCCGGGGGCCCGUGCGACAGGCUUCGUCCUUGACUUUCUCCCAAACACAACGGUACUUUUGCAGAUCGGUUACAUACACAAUCGACCACUGUAGAUUAUGCGUCACCCCGCGGGCGGGUGCUCGGCGGGCUAAUCGACCAUCACUAUCCUCCCCUUUCCCCUUUCACCUCCCACACACAUUGCAUUACGUCUCACCCCACCGACAUCUCCAUCCGUACGGUUGUCAUUUGUCUCUCUGUGCUUGCUCUUACAGUACUGUACAGCGCUCUGUGCCAUGUCAAGCAUGGUGUCUUUAGUUCGCCGGGGCGGCCCAUAUACACGCACGGGCGCGUCUCCCGGUGGUCGGAUUCGAGUUUGCAACGAGCUUAUCACUGUAUCCAUACUAUACUGUAACUUAUGCAAUUCAUCAUCGAGCCUUGCAUUCACC